UUUCCUGCUUGGGCUCUGCGCAGUCCCGUUCCGGGGAGGAGAAUCCAGACACUCUAAUGGCAUCGUGUUCAUCUCUUGGAACCUUGGUUCUUUCUAGCGGAGGAUUAACAGCAGACGUGCUUCCAGCUCAGGAUUUGGUGUCUGUUGAGGAUGUAGCUGUGUGUUUCUCCGUGGAGGAGUGGGCCCUGCUGGAUUCCAAGCAAAAAGCCCUGCACCAAGAGGUCAUGCUGGAAAAUGCAAGGAAUAUGGCCUCCUUAGGACAAGAUACUGUACUUUUCCAUCAACUCUUUCGUUGGCUAGAAAUGUCUUCCCAAGGAAAGCGACCAAGCUCUACUUCACUUCAACAUGGACGCAAGAAACAAAGGAGAAGAAUCAAUUUGGACUUGAAAAUGAAAAUAAUUAAAGCCCACGAGAAGGGGAAGAAGAUAAAGACCAUAGGAGAAGAAGAAGGACUGGCCUCGUCCACCAUCUGCACUAUCCUUAAGGAUAAAGAAAAGAUAAAAGAGGCAAUUAAAUCAGCUCCAGGAACAGAUGCCAUAAUUACGAGAAAUAGGACAGGCCUCAUUUCCAAAACAGAACAGCUACUUGUGCUUUGGAUUGACGAUCGGAUCCAGAAAAGAAUGCCAAUUAGUCUCCAUCUGAUUCAGGCGAAGGCCCGCAGCAUUUUUGAAAUGCUAAAGCAAGGAGCAGGUGAGGAGCGCAGUGAGACCUUUGGGGCCAGCCGUGGCUGGUUUAUGCGAUUCCAAAAACGAUUUAAUUACUAUAACAUACGAACUACUGGUGAAGCUUUGAGUGCUGAUGAAGAAGCUGCCCAACGCUUUCCAGACAAACUGGAUGAAAUUGUAGUAGAGGGCAACUAUUCGCCACAGCAGAUCUUUAAUGUGGAUGAAACUGGGCUGUAUUGGAAGCAAAUGCCAGGACGGACUUACAUCCACAAAGAGGGCAAAACAACGCCUGGAUCUAAAGCAUCUGAGGACAGAAUAACUUUGUUGUUGGGUGGAAAUGUCUCUGGGUUCAAGUUGAAGCCAUUGCUGAUUCAUAGAUCAGAGAAUCCUCAUGUCUUCAAAAACAUAAGUAAGGACGCUCUACCAGUGCAUUACAGAGUCAAUAAGAAGGUGUGGAUGACAAAAGUAAUCUUUGAGGAUUGGUUUGUGUCCUGCUUUGUGCCACAAGUAAGGACCUACUGCUUGGAGAACAAGAUCCCUUUCAGAAUACUCCUACUUCUGGACAAUGCCCCUGGACAUCCCCCCCAUCUGGGCAAUCUCCACCCUGGUGUGAAAGUAGUCUAUCUCCCCAAAAACACAAGCUCUCUCCUACAACCUAUGGAUCAGGGAGCAAUUGCAGCUUUCAAGGCACACUACUUACGUGCCACAUUGGCCGAAGCUGUAGCUGCAAUGGACAGAGAGGAAAUAAUAUUGCGUGACUUUUGGAAAGGUUACAAUAUCCUUCACUGCAUCCAAAACAUUGCAGUAGCUUGGCACGAUGUCCCUACAAAAUGUAUGCAAGGGGGUUGGAGCAAAUGUUUGAAACGUUUUGCUGUAUUUGUAAAAAAUUGGGAAGGUUUUGACCAAGAUGAAAAUGUACAAGUCAUCAGUCGGGAUAUUGUAACACUGACCAGAUCCCUUAAUUUAAAUAUUGAUGCUGGGGAUGUGGAAAAUUUCAUUGCAUACAACGAGGGGGAACUUUCUAAUGAAGAAUUAAUGCAACUGCAAAGUGAAUCGGAAGAACAGGGGGAUGUGGAGGCAGGAGAAGAUGAAGAGGAGGAGGAGGAGGAGGAGGAACAGGAAGAUGGAGGAGGAGGCAUUUGCACCCCUAAAAAGUUAACAUUGAAAGAAUUGGCAGAGUUUUUCUCCAAAACAAACCACGUGUUAUCUUUUUUGAAUGACAUUGAUCCCAACGAAGAACGUGUGGGUAGAGUCCAAAGAAAAAUCAAUAACGUUUUGAAAUGUUAUCGAGAAAUAUACGAAGCUAAAGAGAAAAGUAACUCUUGCAUGGUUCCUCCGGAAAACUACAACACUCCCAUCCGCAUCUACCUCAACAGUCCUGGAUGAGCCUUGGCCAUUGACCAGCUGCUCCAUCCUUUCAGACCUAAUUUUUAUUUUUCACUGCACUAAUAUUUUCCCUUUCAAUGUGUUUUGCAUUUUAUUUUUCAAUUAUGGAAGAGUAUGUGUAUUUACAUAUUAAUUAUUGUCAUUAAAAUUUUAUACAUACAGCAGUGUUAAUAAUGGUCAUUUCUUUGAAGAGAAACGGAAAUGGAGAGAAGUGUGCAAGGUGUAGGUAAUUUGGUUUAAAGGGAGAGAAGGUUUUUCUUGCCUAACUAAAACUUUUUCUCACCAGUGAAUUUUGUUUUGUUAGUUAGGGCCCAGGGUUCAAGCCUGCUAAGAUCUUUCUG